UCUACAUAACAUUAGUUGUCCACAAUUGUUUAGAAAUAUUUAUAGAAAGAUGUUCCCCGCGUACGCACAUUUGUCGGCAUAUGAUAGGCACAAAAAACUCAUCAAUGAUUAUUUUCUUACAAGAGGCGGUUCGGCACUUACUUUAAAACGGGACACGUCACAAGACAAAACGGACCAUGAUGUGAUUAGAGAAAAUCACAGAUUUUUGUGGGAGGAUGACGAUACUCCAAAUUCAUGGGAAACACGUCUUGCGAAGAAGUACUAUGACAAGCUUUUCAAAGAGUAUUGCAUAUGUGACUUAACAUACUUUAAGCAAAAUAAGGUUGCUCUCAGAUGGAGGACAGAAAAAGAAGUCGUUGUUGGUAAAGGUCAGUUUGAAUGUGGAAGCAAAUAUUGUACUUCAAAGGACAGUCUUCGAACAUGGGAGGUUAAUUUUGGUUACAUUGAACAUGGUGAAAAGAAAAAUGCCUUAGUUAAAUUAAGGUUGUGUUCCGAUUGUUCACUUAAGUUAAAUUAUCGGUCUCAAAAAAGAGAAGUUAAACGAAAGAAGCUUUUAAAACGUUUGGGCAAAACACCUACAACUCAGGAAAAAAGGUCCCCACCACCUGCUACUGAAGAAAUUACAGGAAUCAAAGUAGAGGUUGAUAGUCCCAGCAAUUCUAAUAACAUUACCGAAGAAAACCUUCGAAAUGAAUCCCAAAUCUGGAAAGAAAAACCAUUGGACAGCAUUGAAAGGUCAAGAGAGGAGGAAUUUGAAGAGUACCUUGAAGAGUUAUUUAUGUAAAUAAUAUUGUGUUCAAAUCUACAAUUGCAUACCGAAUAAGACUUCCAGAUUAUGUUAAAUCGUGUUAGAAUAUAUUAAUUUAUUCAAAAUAAAACCAAUUUCUAUACAA